UCCGGACUGGGAUUCGGUCCAUUGCCAGAGUACGGAAGUUUGUCUCUCCCCCGUCUUCAUCUCUUUUCGGGCUAUGUUAAGAAUGCCGCCAGGCUUUGGCUUUUGGGGUUAGGGUUUUUACGAUAUCUAGGGUUUCUGCUUGUAGAUAUCUGCAAAUAUCAACAGAUUUUCGCUGCAGGGCUAUUAAUCCACUUCUCUAAUUCUUGGGCUUUCCCCCCCUUUUUUCAACGCAGAAAUGGCUUCCAUGGAGUCGAUUUCCGCUGCGAUGGAAUCCGUCCCUGAGAAGAAGGAGAACCUCCGGAAAGCCUUCGAAGAACUCCGAUCGCAUUCCUCGUCUCUCUCUUCCUUCACCAUUCAAUGGAAGGACGUCGAAAAUCACUUCAACAAGGUCGAGAAACUGAUCCAGAAACGCUUGAAAGAUCUCGAAUCGGAUGGCCAGCAGCAGCAACAACCCUCGGUGGAAUCUCAGUCGUCGGAUAAAAGCUCGAAAAAGCAGAAGCAGAAGCCGCUGCAAUCGGACGUUGAAUCUCAGCUGUCAGAUAAGCAAGUCAAAGAUCUGAAAUCGAAGGAGCAUCUGCAGCAGCAGCCUCCUCAAGCAUCUGUUGAAUCUCAGCCGUCGGAUGCGGAGAAGGACCCAGUGAGGAAACCGGAAGCGAAAUCCACAAUGGACAGGGAUGGAUUGCGGUCUCUCAUUGAACGGAACUUGAAAGAUAUAGGGAAAACCAGAAUGGAGGUCUGCGAAGCCUUCCGAUCCAGGCCGGACGCACCGCAGCUUGCAUUGGAUCUGAUCGAGGGUUUCAAGGAUUGGAUUGUCAAUGGGUUCUUGCUAGACUGUCUGCUGUCAGUCUCACCUCUGAUCGAGGCUCCAGUGAAGGAGAGGGCGAUGAAAUUGGCAGCCAAUUGGAAGGGGCAGAUCCAAGCCUCUGCCGGAGGACGCAGAGCUAUGGCUUUUUUGAGGCUUUUAGCCGCUUAUGGUUUGGCUUCUGCCUUUGAAGCGGAUGAGCUUUUGGAUCUUGUUGUCUUUACCUCUCGGCGGAAACAUUCAAUUCCUUUGUGCCAGCUUCUGGGUCUCGAGCAUAAGAUUCCUGAUUUCAUUCGAAAACUUGUCAGCUCUUGUAAGCAUGUUGCCGCCCUUAAGUUUGUACGCGCUUUCGAGCUUGAGGACAAGUUCCCUCCUCCAUCGCUGUUGGACGGAUACUUGGAGGAGUCGCAGAAGGCUGCUGAAGACAUACGUGAAAAGGGAAAUAACUCAGUUAAGUCACAGAAUAUGGCUGCUGAACACGAACUCGCUGCCCUGAGAGCAGUGAUCAAAGCCAUUGAAGAUCACAGGCUCGAAUCUGAAUACUCACGCGAGAAGGUUGGUAAGCGAAUGUUGGAGCUAGAGAAGCAGAAGGCUGAAAGGAUCACGGCAGCAGCAACAACAACAGAGGCGGCCCACAAGCCUCUUCAAAAGAAGCCUCGGAUGGCUGGUGCAACUGCAACGAGACAAUUUAGACCACCGGCACAGCCUGCUGGCCAUGGCCCGUUUGUUGGUCAGAUCAAUACCAAUCCCUACUUAGAUUUGUCGAGUGGGCCUUAUGGUCUUGUGGGGUCCAGUGAAGGACUCCCUGCACUACGCAACCAUGCAGGAGUUGGCGCUUUGGGAAUGCCUUUGGGUUUGGGUGGGAGCUUCCCACUGAUUCCUCAUUCUUCAGAGCUUCUUUCAUCUACACCAUAUAAUAAUCCAACAGGAUUGCUGCCUCAGUAUGGCCGGCCUUUCUAUCUGCUUGAUGUCUCCUCCACUUACACCAUUGCUAUUAAGGGCUUGUUUGGUUUUUGCUCCCAAUCGUCACAAAUCCUUCUAGGGUUUCUGCGCCCAAUCUUCACUAUUCCUUCUAGGGUUCGAUUCCAGAGCCCCUUUCUCGACCUUUCUAGGGCUCUCUCUCUCUCUCUCUCUCUCUCUCUCUCUGCAGGAAUGGCUUCCGUUGAGUCGAUUUCUGCGGCGAUCCAAUCCAUUGCUGCAAAGAAGGAGAAUCUCCGAAAAGCCUUCGAGGAUCUCCAAUCGCGCUCCGCCACUCUCUCCUCCUUCGCAUUUCGUUGGAAAGAUCUUGAAGAUUACUUCGGUCCGAUCGAAAAAUCCAUCCAGGAAAGGUUCGAAGAUUUCAAAAAAGAACAGAAGAAUCAGCAACAGAAGCAGAAGCUGCAGCUUCCAUCCACCGUCGGAUAUCGACCGUCGGAUGAAGAGAAGUCUCUGGAGAAGGAUCCGGCAAAACGAACGGCGAAAUCGGCUCAGGAUCGGUUGCGGGAGCUGAAAUCGCGAUGUGUUGAGAUGGACAGGAAGGGAUUGUGGUCUUACAUUAUUGAGAACAGGAAGGAUCUCGAGGAGUUCUACGACGAGAUCACUGAGGCUAUCCGAGCGGCUCCGGAUCCUGCAGAGCUGGUUUUGGAUGUGAUGAAGGAGUUCGGUCUCCCGAGUUCAAACUUCUACUUGAUGGACCAGCUGAGGGUUAUUGCGCCAGAGAUUAAAGCCCAUGUGAAGGAGAAAGCAGUGAAAGUGGCAGUUGAAUGGAAAGAAAAUAUUCCUGUGCAAGAUAGGAAGCCUAAGCAGGCACUCACGUUUCUGAAUCUCGUAUCCAUGUAUGGCUUGGCUUAUGCUUUUAAUGCAGACGAGCUAUUGGAUAUUCUCAUGCUGGUUGCGCAGCGGAAGCAUGCGGUUGGUGUUUGCCGGGGUCUGGGUCUUUCAGAGAAGAUUCCUGAUUUUGUUCAGAAACUCAUAAACAGCGGGAAGGAAGUUGUGGCCGUUAAAUUCAUACGAGCUUUUGAGCUCGAGGACAAGUUCCCUCCUGCAUCCCUGUUGGAUGGAUACUUGAAGAAUUCACAGAAGGUUGUUGAAUUAAUCUGUGAAAAGGGAAACAACUCGAUUAAGUCACAGAAUAUGGCCACUGACAAUGAAAUCGCUGCCCUGAGAUUGGUGAUCAAGUGCAUUGAAGAACAUGGGCUCGAAUCUCAAUACCCACGUGAAAAGCUUGAUAAGCGAAUAGCAGAACUAGAGAAGCAGAAGGCAGAGAGGAGCAGCGCAGCACCAGAGAAGCAGAAGGCAGAGAGGAGCAGCGUAGCACCAGAGAAGCAGAAGGCAGAGAAGAGCAGCGCAGCAAAACCAGCAGUGGCCCACCAGCCUUCUCAAAAGCGGCCUCGGCCAGCAGCUGCAACUCCUGUGCCGAUGACGAGACAACCUGGACUGCUGCCACUGCCUGUUGGCCACACCCCAUCUGUCAAUCAGGUUGCUGCUCCCUAUGUAGGUUUGCCGACUGGGCCUUACGGCCUUCUGGGGUCCGGUGAAGGACUUCCUCCUCCGCUCUACAACCAGACGGUACUUGGCACACUGGCAACGAUUUUGGGUCUGGGUGGGAGCUUCCCAUCAAUUCCUCAAAACUAUUCUUCAGAGCUGCCAUCUACAUCACAUAAUGUUCCAAUGGGCCACCCCUUCCCCAGCGGAUUGCCUCCUCAGUAUCGUCCUCCUUUCUAGCAUGAAUUCGCUCCUUAAUGCAUGCUGGAUUUGUCUGGCAUCCAGAAAGAUCGGGUUUUCAAUGCAUAUAUGCUCCACCUGGUAAAUAUUCUCUGGAUCUCUCAAUGGCGUGAUCCCCACCAUGGUUUUGACUCCAAAGCUCUGGAUACGCGGAAAUUGUGAUGGCCUCGAUACAAUUACCCUUUUCAACUGUACUAAAGAUGGUGUGUUAUGACAGCUGCCGGAGGUGCUGGUUCAACUGCAAUGAAGGUGACACCAUGUGUCUGGGCAAUAUGAUUCUCAUGGAGUAUAGGAUUUUGUGGAGUACUGCAGUUGGUUAUUGAACUGUGAUGAAGUUGGUUCAGGUGGGCCUGAUCUAAGAUCAGAUGGGUGCUGGUUCAUGAAAGGUUUUCGCAGAUGUUCAGGUGGGCCUGAUCUAAGAUCAGAUGGGUGCUGGUUCAUGAAAGGUUUUCGCAGAUGUCUCGCUAUUUCAUGAGCCCGUGUUUAUAUGGUGUGUCUAAGUGAGCGAUGUAGGAGAUUGAUGUUGAUUGCAAAACCUGUUGAUUGAUCAAGGGGCAGUGCUGAUCAUAGUGACAAAUCUCGGCAAUUUCUCAGAA